AUGUUCAAGAAUGUAUUGGUGGGAUAUGAGGAGCCAAAGCAGGAUGAAAUAAAUAAUUUGGAGAACUUCGACAAGAAAGAACCAGUGAUGUUAGGGGAAGUGAAAGGGAGGGUGGACCCAGUAAUGGUAGAAAAGAUAAAGAAGAUUGGUCUAGUUUUUGAAACGGAAGAAAGUAUGAAAGAAGCUUUGUACUCCUCGCUCCUUUUGAACCAUUUUGGAGAGAUAAGGUCUUGGGUGGAAGAAGAAACAAAUAGAUCUAGAAAGGUUUUGAUAAACAUACAUGGAAUUUCCUUACAUGGUUGGUCUGAAGAGAAUUUUCUUAAGAUUGUUGAUGUUUGGGAAACGAUGAUUAAAUUGGAUUUGAAGAUCAUUCAAAGUGAGAACCUUUCAUUGGUCAAGGCCUUGGUUGACACAACAUGGUCUCCAUACAUCCAGAAUAGGGUUAUGUUGGAAUUGGAAGGAAGUAAGAAGAAAGGUGUCAUUGCCAAGCUUGACUUCAAAAAGGCUUACAAUACAAUAAGAUGGGUAUUUGUGGACCAUGUCUUGGAAUGCAUGAGCUUUGGUGAAGUAUGGAGAAAAUGGAUAAGAGGAAUGGUUAACACGGCGGUAAUGUCCAUUAUUGUUAAUGGUACUCCAACCGAACUAUUCCCCAUGGAGCGAGACUUAUGCCAAGGUGAUCCAAUAUCUCUAUUUUUAUUUAUAUUAAUGGCUGAAGUUUUGAAUCAAAUGCUAAUAAAAACAAGAAAUAGAGGUUUUCCACCAAAAAGAAGAAUUCUGAGAAACUACAGGAGGGUCCUAACAUAUUUUGGUAUGAUAUCUGGUUUAGUGAUCAAUUAUCAAAAGUCUACACUUAUACCAAUCAAUGUUCACAAUGAAGAAGCUACUUUCCUAGUAGAAGAGCUGAAUUGUCCGAUGGGGAUAUUGCCUAUUACUUACUUGGGGAUCCCAUUGGAGGCUAAUCCUAAAAGGAUUGAUACAUGGAAGCCGAUGGUUGAGAAAAUGGAAAAGAAGUUGUGGAAGUGA